AUCGAGUUUAAAGCUACAAGGAUAUUUUUUGAUGUCCAAGUUUCAUUCUAAUGGAGUAAUGUGAGUGGAACGAUAGGCAGCGAGACGUCACCGGACCGUGUCGCUGUGGACCCGACGAUAAAAAUGGCGACGAUGUCCGCACGCGGAUGAGACGUUGGUUACGAUCGGCGAAACAUGAGAGAGCCGCGCAUCACCAGGUGACAACGGACACAUGGCCAAUUGCUUCAAGAUGAUUGGCCGACGUUGCACUCUUUUCGCCUUGAGUAUGCUCUUGAUCUUGGUUCUCAGCGUAAAUAUCUACUUUAUUCGGAUGAUCAUUGAAAGUUCUUCCUCACAUAGAAUCUAUUCUAAAAACGUACCAGCACCAAAAGCCAAGCAAGAUUCUUCCACAUCUUCGCGGUCUAAUGAAAAGGAUUUGCAGCUGCAAUUAAGGCCAGUCACAAAGAAUAUCAGUGAAAGGAUCAAAGAGGAAAUUCGUACGCUGCCUUCCAAGUAUUUUAAACAGAAUACCAGCUAUACUCUCGUUCUGGAACGAUUAUUGACAGAGCUGAUGAUAAUGCCGAAUGCUCGUGAGAAUAUCUGGAAUAUUCCUAAUAAUAAUUGGCCAGAUGCACAUCAGCUGAUUCCACCAGCAGCACCAGAGCUGGGAACUAUUCUGGAAGUUUUACGAAAGUCUAAAAUAGUUCGUGCAGAUAAUGCUCCUCUAGGUACACAGUUGAAACUUAUGCUCAAUCUCGAAAACGACGUGAAAGCGUUAUUCAAGCCGCAGUGGUAUUCAAGAGAUGCUAUUAUACAUGGUCCAGUAUAUCAUGGCAAAGAUCGUCACAAUGCUGAAGUAGUGGCCUUUCAUUUAUCAUCUUUGCUGGCGUUACGAAGAGUACCACUUACCGUUAUUCGAAAACUUGACUUGAAAGAAGAGAUUGGCAGAUAUGCGACACCGGCAUUAUACGCAACCAUGUAUCAAGAGGGUAACAAUACAUGUCUAUACGGCAUUUGUCAUUAUUGUUCUCCAGCUGAUCCUGUCUGCGGAAUAGGGGAUACACUGGAAGGUGCCCUUAUCUUUUGGCUUCCCCGAUAUUUAAAAUUAGUUAAACAUCGUCAUCCUUGGCAGCGGACUUAUAAAAAAAACAAAUUCGCUGCAUGGGAAAUUGAUGAAGCCUAUUGUGAUAAGGUAAAAGAUUCCAAGGCAUAUUCGCCACAAUCAUCGAGCAGACUUUUGGAUUUGAUCGACACGUCCAUUUUUGAUUUCUUCAUAGACAAUGGCGAUCGGCAUCAUUAUGAACUCGCACAGAACAAUUUUCACAAUCCUGCAGUGCUGUUAAUUGAUAAUGGAAAAAGUCUAGGCAACCCUGAUGUAGAUCAUCUCGAUAUUCUGGCGCCUCUCUAUCAAUGUUGCAUAAUUCAUAAAACUACAUGGGACAGAUUACAAUUGUUUAGUGGUGGAUCACUAAGUAUUGCGUUACGUAGACUCCUCGCACAUGAGGCUGCAAUGUCUGGUGUUCCUCCACUCAUCACAGAAGCACACUUGAGUGCCAUAAGUAGAAGACUGCUGAUCGUUUAUGCUGUAGUAGAAAAUUGCUUGAAAAAAAAGAAAUAUGUUUCCAAUGUGAUUCUGGAUCAUCGAUAGCUUAACAACAAUUCUUAGGAUUAUGCAAAGUAUUCGGAUAUAAUGUCUCUUGUAAAAAAUAGAGAAAAGGGUUAAUUGACUAAUUAAAAAUUUACAAAAAGAUACGAUUAAUGAUAAAAAUAGAAUUGAAGAUUCUAAACAUUGUAAAUACAAGACAAAUACAAAAAAAAGAACAACAA